AUGGACAGUGUCUUGAAAGGAGACCACAACAACAAUGGACUCGAGGAGUGCAGAGUCGGGUCACGGGCUGGCCCACUUGUGGCGACCGUGGCAGGACACGACAGGCGGGUUGGCGUCCCAGCGUCCUUGGGCAGGAACCGGAAGCUGCAGCAGCAGCAACAGCAGCAGCAGCAUAUAGCAAACCAUGAGAGUGUGCCGCAAACAGGAGAUGAAGCUCGGACUUGUUCCCGUGUGCUCGCAGGACCUUCCGGAGGCGGCCGGCCCCGCGGAGACCACGCGGCUCGGCCCCCAAGCGCGGGGGCGGACUCCUGCCUCAGCUGCGUCAAGGUGGCGCUCCUGGGGGCGUCCGCCGUCGGGAAGACCUCCAUCGUCAGGCAGUUCGUGUGGAACGAGUUCAGCGACGACUACUCGGCGACGGACCGCCGCUACGCCUAUUAUCCCACCGUGGUGAUCAACGAGCGCCUCUACGAGCUCAAGGUCUCCGACAUACCCGUCAUCCCCUACUUCCCCAUCAACUCCUUCUACGAGUGGGCCGACUUCCGCUUCUACGGACUCAGGAGCGCCAACGCGUACGUGCUGGUGUUCGACCUGUGCAACACGGACUCGUUCCAGUACAUCCGCAGCCUGCGCGACCAGAUGUGGGAGAGCCGCGACAUGCGCCACGUGCCCGUCGUCGUCGUCGGCAACAAGCUGGACGCCGGCUGCGGCGGCGCGUCCGGCAGCGGCUCGGGGGCGGCGUCGGCGGCGGCAGCGGCGGCGGCGGCGGCCGCGCUGGAGCAGCAGCAGCGCGAGCGGCGCCGCGACAUCGUGACGCUGGUACGCAAACACUGGAAGUGCGCCUACGUCGAGUGCAGCGCCAAGUACAACUGGCGCGUCGUCGCCGUCUUCAAGGAGGUGACGCGCGCCGUCGACGCCGCCCUGCACUCCGCCAAGGACGCCACCUCGCCCAUGAUGGACAACUUCCACGGCGCGCUCGACCGCAACAAGUGCAGCAUCCUGUGA